UUUUGAAUUUGAAUGAAUGGUCAACCAACCAAAUCUUCUGGCUGUAAUAAUAUAAUGAUGAAUCAUCAAACGAUAAACAAAAUGGAAACCAUCAGUGACAAGAAUGAUGAUGAAAAAUUAACCAAUGAUAUUGACAUUGUUGAUCAACAAGCUAAUCAUAUUGAUGAUUCGACUGAACCGAAGAUGAUGAUGGUAAAAGAUUCUUCUUCACCAAAAUCACCAUCAGAGCCACAAACGCAAACGGAUUUUGAAAACAUGGAUCAAAACAACGAUAAUGAUAAUGAUAAUGAUGAAAAAUUAACCAACGAUCUAGAUUUAGAAU